AUGCAUUACAGAAACCCCGAAUCUUCCUGCUCCACCGCCACGAUACCAGACGCAACUUUUUAAAUCCUCUAGGGAUUCUCAACCAUUUUUCUUAAGAUCCAACGGUCCAACACCAGUCCUUUUAAAUCUCAGAUCCCUCUUUUAUAAAACCCCCUCCUACUUCAUGCUCUUUCCCACAAAUUUUCAUAACCGUUCGCCGGAGACGAAGAAGCAAAAAAAAAGUUCCGGCGAGAAGUCGGGACCUUAUUCUUUAUUAUUUAUUUUUUAAAAAAUAUCUCAUUGAAAAGAUUAGACUAUUGACUUCAAAAAAUUACAGUCUUCAGUGUAUCUUUUGGUGGAAAUUUUGUUACCAUGGGUGCUGUGGAGAAUGCAAUAGUGAAUAAAGAAAGUAGAAUACCAUUAGAGGCAAAGGAGAUCUUAAAGUCAAUAGCUUCAAAAUGGGAAGAUGUGGUUGAUGCAAAUGCAUUGCAGAUUAUACCUCUUAAAGGUGCAAUGACUAAUGAGGUUUUUCAAAUAAAGUGGCCAACAAAAACUGAGAAUGGUUCACAUAAAGUUCUUGUUAGGAUUUAUGGUGAGGGUGUAGAGAUUUUCUUUGAUAGGGAUGAUGAGAUCAAGACUUUUGAAUUCAUGUCUAAGCAAGGGCAAGGCCCUCGGCUUCUUGGGCGGUUCUCAAAUGGGCGAAUCGAAGAGUUCAUACAUGCUCGGACACUAUCAGCAUGUGAUUUGCGUGAUCCAGAUAUAUCUGCCCUUAUAGCAGCUAAAUUGAAGGAGUUUCAUGGUCUUGAGAUGCCUGGUUCAAAGAAUGUCAGCCUGUGGAUUAGGUUGCGAAAUUGGCUGAAUACAGCUAAGAGUAUGUGUCCUCCUGAAGAAGCUAAAGCCUUUCACUUGGAUACCAUCGAGGUGGAAAUUUCAUUAUUGGAAAAGGAGCUCUCUGGAGAUCAAAGAAUUGGUUUUUGUCAUAACGAUUUACAAUAUGGUAACAUCAUGAUUGAUGAAGAGACUAAAGCAAUAACCAUAAUAGAUUAUGAAUAUUCAAGUUACAAUCCUAUUGCCUUUGAUAUAGCAAACCACUUCUGUGAGAUGGCCGCCGACUAUCACUCUAAUACACCUCAUAUUAUGGACUACAGUAAAUACCCUGGUUUGGAGGAGCGUCAAAGGUUUGUGCGUGUAUAUCUGAGUUCUUCAGGUGAUCGAGUUAGUGACAUUGAGGUGGAACAGCUCCUGGAAGAUGUUGAGAAGUACACACUUGCUAGCCAUCUGUUUUGGGGCUUGUGGGGGAUUAUAUCGGAACAUGUCAACGAAAUUGAUUUUGAUUACAUGGAAUAUGCAAGGCAGAGGUUUGAACAGUACUGGUUAAGGAAGCCUGAACUUUUGGGUUCCUUGGGGAGCCACACCUAAUGAUUACAUUAAUUCUGGUUGACAAGCAGCUUUCUUGUUUUCAGUUUAAUCCUAUAGAUAUAGUUGUGUACAUAAACUCUACUUUCCUUGUAUUAUUAUCAUUAUUAUUUCUGUUUUCCUGUCGAAACGCUGUUACUUGGUGAAAAUUCCUAAUACAUUCUCAUUUUCUAUUAA